UUUCACAAUACUAGUUAUUUGUGCCAAUAAAAUCAAAAUAUCCUCAAACACAAUACAAAACGGAAUCAAAUUUCCUGCAAUAACUCCGUAAUGUUAGUUAUUGAUCUCCUCAAUCAACCAAUCUGAACCAAUGAAUGAGACUAUUCAACGCUGAUUUGAUAAAUGUAUAGUCUGAGCCGUCCAUAUCAAAUUAACGAUUGAGAUUAUUUACUACAUGUACAUGCACUAUGAAGUUACAACGGAAAACCUAUAUUCGAGCAAAACUAGUUAGUAGUUUACACACAUAAUAGAUUAUAAUUAAAUUAUCACCAAAGGUUUAUAACAGAUUUUUAUUCCUAUUGACUUGUUCAACCUCAAAAUCAAAUUCUCUCUCCCCAAAAAUUGAAGGUUCUCUCAUUGUGAGGCUAUCUUAAUUUUUACUAUCACAACAGAAACCUACCUCAUGCAUCCAGAAGGUCAAAAAAAAAACUAAGAAAAAAAAAAAGAAAAAAAUAGAACUAAUUACCAAUGACCAAAAAAAAUUCACAAUCACAUUCCAUAGUUACCAACAAAACAAUCAACAAAUUUUCAGAAAAAUAAUGGCCAUAAUAGCUUCUGCAAUUUUUCAUCCAAAAUUCUUCAUCUUGAUCUUCAACAUCAUCAUAAAUUUUUCCAUGACAUGUUCAAUGUCAGAAGCAGAAGCUUUAUUGAGCCUAAAAAACUCAUUUUCAAAUUCAGAAGCACUUGAUAAUUGGAUUGCCAACACUUUUCCUUGUACCGACGACGAUCAAUGGGCAGGCGUUGUUUGUUACAACGGUUUAGUAACCGGUCUACGCCUCCGUGGAAUGGGACUAUUCGGAAAAAUUGAUGUUGAUGCAUUGCUUGAACUUAAAGGUUUAAGAACUAUUAAUCUUAUGAAUAAUUCUUUCACCGGUUCGAUUCCUGAAUUGAAUCGAAUCGGUUUCUUGAAAGCGAUGUAUUUAUCGGGAAAUAAAUUUUCGGGAAAUAUUCCUCGGGACUAUUUCCAAAGAAUGAAAUCAUUGAAGAAAGUUUGGUUAUCAAAUAAUGAAUUCACAGGUGAUAUUCCAUCAUCAUUAGCUGAGAUUCCUCACCUUGUUGAAUUACAUCUUGAAAAUAAUCAAUUUAGUGGUAACAUUCCAAAUUUCAACAAUCCUUCAUUGGUGAAAAUUGAUGUUUCAAACAAUAAUUUAGAAGGUGAAGUUCCCGAAGGUUUGAUGAGAUUUAAUCAAAGUUCUUUUCAAGGGAAUUCGGGUUUAUGUGGCGAGAAAAUCGGUACAAUAUGUGGAAAACCAAUGGAACAAACAAAUCCUAUUGGAGCACAUAAUAUGAAUAAUAUGCCAGAAUUUAAGAACAAUAAUGAUAAUGUUUAUAUGAAUGUGACUGAUAAAAGUAAGCAUAGGUCAUUGCAGAUUAUUGGUAUUGUUAUAACAAUUUUAGUACUAAUUUCACUUGCAAUAUUCUUGAUUAUGAAAUCAAAGAAAAAAAAAGAGAAAGUUAAAUUUGAUGAUGAAAUCGGUGCGAAUAAUCGACAAGGAAGUACUAAUGAUAUUGGUAGUGUUGAAGUUCAAGUAAGUAGUGGUAAUAAUAGUAUUAGUAAUAGUACUAAUCAAGUGAAAAAAGAUAUGAAUGUAGUGAAAAAAACACCAUCUGGUAGUAGAAGACAUUCAUCUCAUGGUAGUAAAGGAGGGAUUGGUGAGCUUAUAAUGAUGAAUGAUGAUAAGGGUGUGUUUGGUUUACCUGAUUUAAUGAAAGCUUCUGCAGAAGUGCUUGGAAAUGGAGGGUUUGGAUCAUCUUAUAAAGCUGUUUUGUCUAAUGGUAUGGCUGUGGUUGUGAAAAGAACUAGAGAGUUGAAUGGUUUAGGAAAAGAUGGUUUUGAAGCUGAGAUGAAAAGACUUGGAAGGGUUAAACAUUGGAAUGUUUUGACUCCUUUGGCUUAUCAUUAUAGAAAGGAUGAGAAAUUAGUGAUUUCUGAGUAUGUUCCUAAAGGAAGUCUUCUCUAUUUGCUGCAUGGUGAUAGAGGACCAUCACAUGCAGAACUAGAUUGGAACACACGUUUAAAGAUUGUACAAGGAAUUGCAAAAGGAAUGCAUUAUCUUCACACAGAACUUGCUUCUUCUGAUCUACCACAUGGAAACUUAAAAUCAAGCAAUAUUCUACUUGGACCAGAUUAUGAACCAUUUCUCAUGGACUUUGGUUUCAUCAAUCUAGUUCCCCCUUCAAGUUAUGCACAAACAUUAUUUGGUUAUAAAGCUCCAGAAGCAUUAAAAAACAACAAAGUUUCACCUCGUUGCGACGUAUACUGUCUCGGAGUAGUCAUACUCGAAAUACUAACCGGAAAAUUUCCAUCUCAGUAUCUUAACACCGGUAAAGGCGGAACCGAUAUAGUACAAUGGGUAGCAUCAGCAAUUUCUGAAGGAAGAGAAGUUGAAUUACUUGAUCCUGAAAUUUCAAGUAAUAAAAAAUCAUUAAGUGAAAUGCAGAACCUUCUUCAUAUCGGUGCGGCUUGUUCCGAAAGUAAUCCUCAAAAGAGAUUAGACAUGUUUGAAGCAAUUAGAAGAAUAGAAGGUAUUAAAACAAAAGGUGUACAUUUUCAAGAACAAGUUCAAGAAUCAAGAACAAUAGAAGUUUUACCAUCUCUUAGAGAUGGUUUUGCAGAUUCUUCUCAAGCAUAUGAUAAUCAAGGACAUUUUGGUGAUGAAUCAAGAAGAAGACAUGGAACAAGUAGUGUUGGAAAUAAGGAUAAUAUUGAAUUUGGUGUAGCAUAA